AUGGUAAAUGAACUCAUAGAAAAUGAAUGUAUUACCAACACAUUUGAUUUUAAGCAUGGUUUUAUUGAAACUAAUGAUCGGAAUAAUGAAUCAUCUGAAUAUACAAAAUCAUUUGUUCAUGAAUUGGUGGAUGAUAAUAAUGCAAAAAGUAUUGGCAAUCAAUUAGAACGGAAUAACAUAUUGGGAACAAUGAGAAAUUGUGGUUCACUAUAUGCAGCUAAACGAACUUCGGAACGUAAUAAUCGAAGACGACAAAAACGCGCUUUACAAAAAGGUAUGCAUACAUCAAAUUAUAAAACAUCAUCAACAACUGUCCUUUGUAAGAAUAAAAGUUCACUGAAGUAUUUCGAUAACAAUUAG